AUGCCAGUUGCACUUCCCAACCUGGCAUCUUGUGUAUGCUGUAUGUACAUAUGUACGACCUCACCCCCGAAAAGAAAAACAGAAUCGACCGAACUGGCACUACCCAGCGGGCUUCCCCCUUCUUGGCCGGGCUCAUGGGCCCGACAUUUCAAUGAUGCCUUCGAGGUGACAACCGUGGUGAUACCUGCCGACCUUGGGACAUCAUCCCGCACUGCUAUCUUGGUCAUUGUCGAUAUCGCGAGCUUCAAAGCGCUGACCUUAGCCCCCCGAUUCUCGAACAUGCCGAACUUGCAUGAUGUGGACACAAUCCUGGGGAUCCAAAUCAGCAGGACCCAGACAAAUCAACAAGUCCCUACGCGGAAGAAGUUGGACGAGGAGAUUGUGGAAGAUGUGGGGACACCCUCGACACCCAAGCUCCAGCUCGUCGAAGCCAGCGACGAAGAGCACGAGGUCUUCCUAGAGAACGGCUUGAACUACCAACAGUGUUGGGCUUCUGAACCACAUUGCAAGCACGACGAGGCCGGAUGUGAUGUAUGCGAGUUCGAGUCUGUCGCAGUUCACGGAGAAGCCCGGGAUGAGCCAUUGGUUGGAGCGCUCGCAAUGCUGGAAAUACCUCAAGGCGAGGGAGCAGAAGGCCGCCCGACCACCUUCGACCUCGAGGUAUGGAGUGACCCCAACUGGGCCGGCGACCCUAAGCCGAUCUCACCCCCCACCACGAUUUGCUGCCCGGCCGCUAAGAACGCUCACGCUGACCUGGCGGCUGAUAUGCUGCACCAGCUCAUGCCCAAUAUCGACUCUUAUAUCGUCAGUGCCACCUAUCUCCCUCUCAAAGUAAUCUCUUGUUGCAUCCUGGGUACCUUCACUUGCAGGGAACAUCAAGGCCUACAAGCUCCUCUCCUCGCUGCACCUUUCUUUGCCGCUCCAAUUGACCGGCCCCUCUGCGGCAAUCUUUCCAAGGCGUCCGACACAAUGAUGAUCUUGAAGUUGACCACCUUAAGAUCUUGGUGGUUGUACUGA